CAGCUGAUGUCAGCGGGUCGCUGGCGACGCUGCGAGAGGCGCUGCCUUUCGCCGAGGUCUGCCGGCCGCUGGAGGGGCGGGUAGGUCGUAGUUAGUAGCUAUAUAUCCUCGUCGCCACGGGAGCCUCGUCCUGAUCUCUCUACUUCAUACCCUACCUAACCUCCGUGCUCCCCUCCCGACCGUCCUCUAUACCAAGAUCUCCCUCCUUCCGUCAUCUCAUCAUCCCUCCCCUUUGAUCCAGUCCUCUUCAGUCAAAAUGGGUGCCCUCGACAGAAUCUCCCAGCUCGGCGGCCAGCUCUCUGGCAACCCGACCGCCGGCGGUCGCGACCGGAUCCUCGAGAAGCGUCCCGACGAUAUCGUCGUCACGGCCGCCACGCGCACCGCCUUCACCAAGGGCGGCAAGGGCGGGUUCAAGGACACGGCGGCGGCGGACCUCAUGGCCGGCGUGCUCAAGUCGGUGAUUGAGCGGUCCAAGAUCAACCCGGCGCUCGUCGAGGACAUUUGCGUCGGCACGGUGCUGGCGCCCGGCGGCGGCGCCACCGAGAUGCGCGGCGCCUCGCUCGUGGCCGGCUUCCCCGAGACGACGGCCGUCCGCACGCUCAACCGCCAGUGCUCGUCGGGCCUGCAGGCGUGCGUCGACGUCGCCAACCAGAUCCGCGCCGGCAUGAUCGACGUGGGAAUCGGCGCCGGCGUCGAGAGCAUGUCCACCCAGUACGGCCCCUCCGCCGUCACCGAGUUCUCCGAGCUGCUCGAGUCCCACCCCGAGGCCGCCAACUGCAAGGUCCCCAUGGGCGUCCUGUCCGAGGACAUGGCCAAGGACCUCAAGAUCUCGCGCGCCGACCAGGACGCCUUCGCCGCCGCCUCGUACCAAAAGGCCGUCAAGGCCCAAAAGGCGGGCCUCUUCGACCAGGAAAUCACCCCGCUCAAGGUCAAGUUCGAGGACCCCAAGUCGGGCGAGACAAAGGACAUCACCGUCGCCCGCGACGACGGCGUCCGCGACGGCAUCACCGCCGAGUCCCUGGCCAAGAUCCGCCCGGCCUUUGCCGCCGACGGCUCCAUCCACGCCGGCAACGCCAGCCAAAUCUCCGACGGCGCCGCCGCCGUCCUGCUCAUGCGCCGCGACACCGCCGAGAAGCUCGGCCAGACCAUCAUCGGCAAGUACGUCUGCGCCUCCAUCGUCGGCGUCAAGCCCCUCCUCAUGGGCCAGGGCCCCUGGAAGGCCAUCCCCAAGGCCCUCGACCUCGCCGGCAUCUCCCGCGACGACGUCGACAUCUACGAGAUCAACGAGGCCUUUGCCAGCCAGUGCCUGUGGUCCGCCAACGAGCUCGGCAUCCCCCACGACAAGAUCAACCCCAAGGGCGGCGCCAUCGCCUUUGGCCACCCCCUCGGCUGCACCGGCGCCCGCCAGGUCUCCACCCUGCUCUACGAGCUCAAGCGCACCGGCAAGAAGGUCGGCAAUACGUCCAUGUGCGUCGGCACCGGCAUGGGCAUGAGCGCCGUCUGGGUGGCCGAGUAAAAAUAAGCGGCGGCGCGAAGAGGAAUGACGAACUGCGUGGUGGAUAGAUCAGGCUGUGCAUGCAUGUAUGAUAGAGACGCGCCUUUUUCCUUUGUGGCAUAAUGCCGGCCCAACGUCGCCGGCCGGUCAUGAAUUGAUACCAAUACGACCAGCUGAUUUGAUUAGUAUUGUAUCCUAAGC